AUGGCUCCCAGAGUUGCAAUCGUCAUAUACUCGAUGCACGGACAUAUUGCCAAGAUGGCCGAGUCCAUCCACGCUGGUGUAAAUUCCGCAGGCGGGAAUGCAAAGAUACUACAGAUCCCAGAGACGUUGCCAGAAGACGUCUUGAAGAAAAUGCAUGCACUUGAGAAGCCUCCGUACCCAGUCAUAACGCCCGAGAACAUGAGAGAAUACGAUGCGUUCCUCUUUGGCAUCCCAACGCGUUUCGGAAACUUUCCAGCCCAGUGGAAGGCAUUCUGGGAUGCAUCUGGAGGAAUUUUCCAUGAAGGUGCGCUCUCUGGCAAAUACGCGGGUAUCUUCGUCGGAACAGGCGGUCCAGGAGGCGGACAGGAGAUAACUGUCUCAAACUCGAUCUCGACGUUGGUGCACCAUGGCAUAAUUUUCGUCCCGCUCGGUUAUAAACACGCGAGCCAACAGUUGGCAAACAUUGAGGAGGUGCACGGUGGAUCGCCCUGGGGAGCGGGUACGUUUUCUGGAAGCAAGGGAGAACGUUGGCCGUCGGCGCUUGAACUUGAGCUGGCAAAGAUACAGGGGAGCAUGUUCUAUGAGACUGUGUCGAAGGUCAAUUUUUGACAGGGCAGUACAAGUCAAGGAUUGAAGUCGAGCUUUAUUGUGUUUAUGGAUUGCUUUGAAACUGUGUAUUGGAUAUAGAAACAAUGUGAUAGC